AUGGCUUCUUACGAAGAAGAUUCUACUGUAAAGGCAUAUUUAAGUUCUAUUCGCAACAAGGAUGAUGCUGGAAUUCAGUCAGCAUUAUCACAAGAAGCAAUUUAUCGUUCUUUAUUUGCUCAAUCAAGAGAUAAUUCAAUUCUUUCUAGAAAUUAUUUGAAUAUGAUAAAUGUUUACGAAAACAAUGAUAUUUGGUUAAUAGAUUCUCAUUAUGAUGAUGAAAUUGCUGAUGAAAAUAAUAUAUACAUUAUGCCUUUACCUAAGAAAAAAAGAAAGAAGUCCGGAGAAUUCGCAAUCUGUAAAGGUGGUAUAGAAAAAUUCACCAGAAAUUGGAAAUUAUUUACUGAAGGAAGUCUAGCAGAUAUUGAUUGGUCAAAUGUCUUUGCUGCAGGUGGAUCUGUACUAUCAUGUCUUCUGCCUAUACCUGAAGAAUAUAAUGUUAGUCCACGUAAAAUUCGUGAAUAUUAUCAUGAUAAAAUGUAUGGAAGUUCUGACAUUGAUUUAUUCAUUUAUGGCUUGGAUGAAAAAGCUGCUAUGGAAAAAAUGCUAAAUAUUUAUGAUGCUGUUUCAAAUUCUGUGCCAUGGGAGGUUAUAUGUAUAAGAAGCAAGAAUUGCAUAACAAUUAUCAGUCAAUAUCCUUAUCGACAUAUCCAAAUUGUUUUACGCUUGUAUAAGUCUCCAUCAGAAAUUUUAACAGGCUUUGAUAUUGAUUGUUGUUGUGUUGGAUUUGAUGGCAAAGAUGUUUGGGCGCUUCCACGAGCUCAUCGAGCUAUUACUAAACAAUGUAAUUUUGUUGAUUUGUCUCGACGAUCACCAUCAUAUGAAAUGAGAUUGGCAAAGUAUAGUGAUAGGGGUUUUGAGAUUAAAGUACAAAAUUUGGACAGAAAGAGAAUUGAUCCAACUAUUUAUGAAAGAAGUUUUGAAAAACUUCAUGGAUUGGCAAGACUACUUGUACUUGAAAAAUUGAAUACACCAGAUGAAAGAUUUGGUUAUGCUGAAAAGAAAAGAGAACGAAGCUUACGACCAAAUCAUCCUAAAGCUGGAACUUAUGCUUCAAGAACUUGGCAGAGAAGAUCUAAUAUAGGAUCUAGCAGGUUUGAAAAUAGUGAUUAUGAAACUGUUUCUAUUCCCUAUGGACUAAGAUACACCGCUAAACGAAUUAGAAAAUUACUAUACACUAAAGUAUAA